AUGUUAGCUGGAGCAGGUGCAGGUACUUGUCAAAUUAUUGCAACAGUUUCAAUGGAAUUACUUAUAAUCAGAAAAAAAACGUCAACUGAUGGUGAUAUCAGUGUUAAAAUUACUAGUGCUCGACAACAUAUCAUGGAAGCUAUUCGUCAACAGGGGUUCCGUGAUCUCUAUAAGAGUGCAAGUGCCACUUGGAAUCUUGAUGUUUUCUUUUCUGUAAUUUAUUUUCCAUUGUUUUCAUAUUUAAACAACCAACGUCGAUCUUCAGAAAAUAAUCAAAUACCAUUCUACUAUACAUUUAUUUCUGGUAUUGUUGCUAGUGCUGUUGCUGGAUAUUUGGCAACACCAUUUGAUGUUGACAAUACUUCUACAAAUGGUUAUACAAAUUAUCAAACAACAUCAACAGAUAAUUGUACAGGAAGUGUAUCUAUUUGUACACAAGAACUUCCUUUUACUAUGAAUAAUCCACCUGAUGUAUGGCUUGAUGCAAAAAUAAUGGUACCAACAAUUGUAUUACAUGUAGAUAAUAUUCAAGCUCGUUUAAAUCUUGAUGUUCGAGUUGCAUCACUCGUUAAUAUUAAUGCUGGUGUUUCAGUUGGUAUAUCAAGUGUUCAAUUAAACAUUCUUGGUGUUCAUGCUAAAGUUCAAUUGGCUGUACAACUUGAUAAAAUUGUCGAGAUAAUCAAUCGAACACUUGAAUCAAUCGAUCUUAGUUCUGUACUAGUAAACACGCUCGUAGCAGAUACAAGUAAUUCAACAUGUCCAAAUAAUGUAAAUUCAGUUUGUACUGCUUUACCAUUUAAUAUUAGUAAUCCACCUGAUGUUUGGCUUAAUGUACCUAAUUUAAGUGUUGAUGAAAUUUCAUUAAUUGUCGAAGAUCUUAAAGCACAUGUAAGCCUUUCAGCUAAUGUUGCUAGUUUAGUUUCUCUCAAUGCUGGUGUUGAUAUAUCAAUUGAUAAAGUUAAUUUAACUAUUUUAGGUGUUAAAGCUCAAGUUCAAUUAGCUGUAUAUCUUGAUAAUAUUGCUAAAAUUGUUACUCGAACAAUGGCUUCACUUGAUCUUAAUCCUUUACUUUUAUCAUUUAUUAAUGGUGUUUUUCAAACAAUUAAUAAUUUACUUGCUACAUUUCCACUAGAUGGACACGUUAUUCAUCAAAUUAUUGAUACGGUUGGUAACAUUGUUAAUCAAGUAUUAGGUCCUGACGGACAAAUUCUUUCAUCCUCUAUUGUUGGUGAUUAUUUAAAAAAUAUGACAUUUACUGGUGUUACACAAACUUUAGCCAAUGGAUAUACUAUUAAACAAUAUAGUUAUACACCACCAACUGGUUCAUCAUCAUUAACUAAUGUACUUGUCAAUUUGGUUUUUAAUACACUAGGUACUGUCGUAAAUGCAAUAGUUGUUACUCCUGUAUCACCAUCAACAAUUACGAACACUCCAACAACUACUGCUACCAGCAGUACUUCAACUGUUGUCAAUACUACAACAUAA